CUAAUACUUGCAAACAUCACCCUGCAUUUAAUGAGUGUAAACAGCAGCCUCAAUGAGACAGCUCAUCUCAUCAUAUGAAGCAACCUCGAUGUUGCCAUCUCAAAUUACAGCCGAGUUGCUUACACAGGCAUCACAAUGUGCCUGAGUCGUCAUUAGACAUCUUUCGCGAUGAAGCAACAAUUCGAGGGCAGCUGUUCGCGUCUCAUUUAAAAAAAAACCCAGGGCCAUGGACACUUUUGCUUGCCUCAUGCUGCUUGCCGCAUUAUGCCGGCAACAAUCGGAGGAAACAUAUGAGGACAGCAACCACAAUCAGGAGGAUGAGGAGGAGGAGGAGGAGGAGGAGGAGGAGGAGGAGGAGGAUGAUGAUGAUGAAGAUGACUAUCGCCGCUGGAGCCUGAACCCUGAGAGGCCGCGCAAGAUCUCAGAGAAGAAGCGUCAGGAUCACGCCAAGUUCCAGUCUUGGAUUGAAUCGAACCAAGCCCGGGUGCUAGAGGCAGCCUCGAGGACCAAGGCUCCGACUCAUGGAUCUGUUGCAUACUUGGUGAAGGAAAAUGAGAACCGAAGAAUCAUUCAGACUCCCCGCGAGUAUCAGAUCGAACUUUUCGAAAGAGCGAAGCAGAAGAACAUCAUAGCAGUCCUGGACACCGGUACCGGCAAGACCCUGAUUGCCGCCCUUCUACUUCGUCACAUACUUGAGAAGGAGGUCGAAGACCGCGCACUCGGAAAGCCGAAACGUACUGCUUUCUUUCUGGUUGACAAGGUAUCGCUUGUCUUUCAGCAGCACGCGGUUCUUGAGUGUAACUUGGAGCAUUCUGUGGCCCGCUACUGCGGCGACAUGGUUGACGAAAUGUGGUCAAGCGAGUUCUGGGCCAAACAGUUUGAAGAGAACAUGGUCAUAGUUUGCACUGCGGCGAUAUUGCAGAAAUGCUUGAUGCACUCCUACAUCCGCAUAGACCAGAUCAACCUUCUCAUCUUCGACGAGGCACAUCAUACGAAGAAGAACCAUCCUUACGCGCGAAUCAUCAAGGACUUCUACAUCAAAGAGCCCGACAAAAACAAGAGACCCAAAAUUCUCGGCAUGACUGCGUCUCCGGUUGACGCCCAGACGAACAUGAAGGUCGCCACGGCUCAGCUUGAGUGCCUCCUCCAUAGCGAGAUUGCCACUGUCUCCGAGGAAUCACUAUCUCUGAAUCCUAACAAGCGGAAAAUCACAGAGAGGGAAAUCCACUAUACACCUCUAGCGAGAUCGUCUGAAUCUGAACUUGUGCAGCAAAUACGGGCACUCAUUCGCAGGAACCAGCUCUUUGACAAGGAGCUGCAAUGGACCACCACCGCCAUGGCAGAACUCGGUCCAUGGGUAGCAGAUCGCUUCUGGAAGCUUUACCUUACGGAAAACACUAUCGCACGACUAGCCAACAGAACAGAUAUCAACUACACGGGCUUCGAUGGUAGCGGCAAGCAUACAGCGGCAGUCCAAAAGCUUCGAGAUAUCAUCCAAAGCCACAACUUCAAGCCCCCCACCUUGGACGAUGUAUCCAGCAAGGUUCUUCGUCUUUGGGACGAACUGAAAGUCCGCUUUUCUCAGCCGACUGAUUAUCGGUGCAUCGUCUUUGUGGAGAUGAGGCUCACUGCGGUACUGCUCGCCGAGUUGUUCAAGCAGGAUGGCAUGAACUUGCCGCACCUCAAACCGGCAGCACUUGUUGGUAGUCAGUCCUCUGCAGGUCUCGCCAACAUGUCCUUCAAGGAACAGCUCUUGACCAUCACGAAAUUCAGACGUGGUGAAGUGAACUGCAUCUUCUCUACUCAAGUUGCCGAGGAGGGAAUAGAUAUUCCUGCCUGCAAUGUGGUCAUGCGAUUUGACCUCUACAAGUCCGUCAUUCAGUACAUUCAGUCGAAGGGACGCGCAAGACAACAAGAUUCAGAAUACCUAUCCUUCGUUGAGAUAGGCAAUGGAAGGCAUACCCGAGCGGUAGCGCAGGCUACGUAUGACCAAAGCGUCCUCCGCCGCUUCUGCAGCGCCUUGCCGGAAGACAAGAAGAUCAUGGGGAUGGACGUCAACGCCAGUGUGAUGCAAGGAGAGUUGCACUAUCAGACAUACACAAUCAAGGAGACAGGCGCCAAGCUGACGUGGAUGUCUAGCCUCGAGUCUAGCGAUGAAGUCUUGACACCCGAGUAUGUGGUGACCAACCAGGGACAAUCCUUCGUCGCCGAGGUUCAGCUUCCGGCAAAAUCGCCGAUUCUUAGUAUCACGGGAAUGCCACACAAGAGGAAGCAGGCUGCUCGCUGUUCUGCGGCAUUCGAGAUGUGCAAGGAGUUGAUCAAGAAGAAGUACAUCGAUCUCAACUUGCAGCCGAUCUUCACCAAGAAAUUGCCUGCAAUGCGGAAUGCCCGCCUAGCCAUCAGCGCCAACAAAAGAGCAGAGUACAAGAUGCGCACGAAGCCUGAAAUAUGGUCACGAGUUGGUACCUUUGAUCAACUGUACGUCACGGUAUUGACACUUGGUUCGCCGGACGCCGUUGGCAAAGAGUCGAAGCCAUUACUUCUACUCACGAGAGCGAAAUUGCCUGAUCUUCCUCCUAUACCUCUUUUCUUUGGAAAUGACCAGCAGUCCGAUGCCUUCGCCAUGUCCAUGCCGAACCCAAUCAGCAUUUCUUCAGAAGAUUCAGAGCUUCUGAAGACCUUCACUCUCCGUGUUUUCAAGGACGUAUUCAGCAAGGAGUACGAGGCCACAGUUUCAGACAUGCCUUACUUUCUCGCCCCGACGACUCAGAACCAUCAUGUCGGCAUUCGACAUGCGGCGAACGCAGCUACAUUGGUCGACUGGAACCACCUUCGAACGACCAAGGAUAGAGAAUAUCUGGAUUGGGAUGACAACACCUCAGAAGACUUCUUCAAAGACAAGCUCGUGAUAGAUCCUUACGCGGGAUCCCGCAAGUUACGCUUGAGAGGGGUCCGCAGAGACCUGAAGCCAAUGGAUCCCGUGCCCGAUGGCGUACCGGACCCUGGUCACAGGCCUUGGCGUGAUUCGGCUGUGGAGAAGAACAUCAAGGAGUACAGUGUGAGUCUCUGGAUGAAGAGCCGCCUGAAGCGAACAUGGCGCGAUACACAGCCUGUGGUCGAGGCUGAAGUGAUCUCAUUGAGACGCAACAUUCUGGACGACUUCGUUGAGGCCACAAAUGAAGACUCCAAGGUCUGCUACGUGAUAUUGGAGCCCUUGAGGAUCUCGACUCUGCCCAUGGAGACAAUCGUCAUGGCUUUCACAUUUCCCGCCAUCAUUCAUCGAAUGGACCAGGUCAUGGUUGCCCUGGACUUGUGCGAGUUGCUCAACCUCGACAUCCGGCCUGACUUGGCCCUCGAAGCCGUCACCAAAGACUCCGACAACAGUCAUGAGCAUGACGCGGAAAAGAUCAACUUCCAAAGUGGAAUGGGCAACAAUUACGAGCGCCUGGAGUUCAUUGGCGAUACUUGUUUGAAGAUGGCUACCACCAUUGCCCUCUUUACCAAUAAUCCAGACAACAAUGAGUUCCAGUACCAUGUCGAGCGGAUGUUGUUGAUCAGCAACCGAAACCUCCUCAACAAGGCUAUCGACCGGCAUCUACAGGAAUACGUGCGAUCAAAAUCAUUCAACCGUCGCAGCUGGUACCCUCAGGGCCUCCGCCUUAUCCGAGGCAAGGAAGGCACCGUUGAUUCCAACCACGCUCUCGCGGACAAGUCCAUCGCCGAUGUUUGCGAGGCCUUGAUUGGCGCCGCGUACCUCACAUUCAGCAACUCGAACAACUUCGACAUGGCCAUCCGGGCUGUCAGCGCCAUGGUGAAUGACAAGAACCAUCGCAUGACUUCGUGGACAGACUACUAUGCUGGGUACAAGCCCCCGUCGUGGCAGACUGACCCUGCCUCUCCAAUGUACCGUGAGGUGGCUCGGCAGAUCGAGAAGAAGAUGGGCUACGAUUUCAAGUCGCCUGCGCUGCUACGAAGUGCUUUCAAGCAUCCGUCCUGCCCUCACAAUGAGUGCUCUCUGCCCAACUACCAGCGUCUCGAGUUCCUCGGCGAUGCCCUGCUCGACAUGGCGUGCGUUGACUUUCUCUACCACAAGUUCCCCAGCGCCGACCCCGAGUGGCUCACACGCCACAAGAGCACCAUGGUCAGCAAUCGCUUCCUGGCCUGUCUCUGCGUGAAGUUGGGUCUUCAUAGGCACAUUUUGACUGCCCAGGCGUCGUUGCUGAACCAAACGCAAGAAUUCGUCGCCUCGCUCAAGUUUGCCGAAGAGAGUGCUAGAGAGGAGGCUCUGAUGGAAGAAGUUCACAUCGGAGCUCCCGCUGACGGAGAGAAGGGACAGGAAGCAAUGGCUAAGACCACAGAGCACACCGCCACCGCCGCCCCGGUGAGCUACUGGCAACACGUAGAAGACGCGCCCAAAUACCUCUCGGAUAUGAUGGAGGCGUACAUUGGCGCUGUCUUCGUCGACUCGGGCUACGACUACGGCCAAGUCCGCGCCUUUUUCGAAGCCCACGUCCGGCCCUUCUUCACAGACAUGUCCCUCUACAGCGACUACGCCCUUAAUCACCCCGUCACCAACGUCUCGCACAUGCUCCGCAAUGAUUUCGGCUGCGACGCAUGGCGCCUCAUGACCAACGAGGUCGUGCCGCCCAUCGAGGCCGGCGCCGGCGUCAUCACCGAGACGCAGGUGCUCUGCGGCAUCAUGAUCCAUGGGCAGGUGUACUUCCACGCCACGGCUGCGAGCGGACGGUAUGCCAAGGUUGCGGUGGCCAAGAUGGCCAUUGAGAAGUUUUCAGAUAUGGAUAAGGAGGCGUUUAGGAAGGAGUUUGCGUGUGAUUGCCAGGGCGUGGAGGGAGAGGGCGAGUGUGGCACUGCUGACCAUGGUGCUGCUGCUUGAGAGAGAGAGAGAGAGAGAG